AUGUAUGGAGGUCCGCAUACACCUGGUAGGCCAGGGAGGAAGAAGGGGACAAAGACAGCAGCAAGACCAGCAUUAUUCCUUGAAUUAGGAGACAGGAAAACAAAAUGGAGAGGAAGUACAGGUAUAGGUAAUAUAGAUGGUGAUGAUGGUACAGGAGUAGGAGGAAUAGGAGGUAAUAAUGGUGGUAAUAAUAGUAUAGGAGGAGGAGGAGGAGGAGGAGGUAUAGGAGGAGGAGGUAUAGGAGGUAAUAAUUAUAUAGGAGGAGGAGGAGGAGGAGGAGGAGGAGGAGGAGGAUAUAUAAAUAUAAAAAAAGAGAGAAGAAUAAAUAAAAAAUUAUUAACUGGAUGGAGGGCAGAAAUAAAUGGUGGAUAUGAUUUCCAAUUCUUUAAUGUAAAUAAGUUAGAUAAAUUAGAUAAUAUACAAAAAAGAUGGACAGAAUAUAUCAUAAAAAAGAGACAGGAGAGACUGCAGCAGCAGCAGCAAGAAAAAGAGAGAUUAUUACAGCAGCAAUUAAUGAGACAGCAGCAGGAGAUUAUGCAGGAAGAAAAACAAUUGUUACUUAUGCAGGAAGACGAGGCAGAGAGACAACAGCAACAGCAACAGCAGCAGCAGCAGCAGCAGCAGCAGCAGCAGCAAGAGGAGACAGGUUAUGAGGAAAUAGAGACACAUGAGAGACAGGCAGAUAAAAGAACAAAGAUUGAUGGUGCUGCAUUAUUACAGCAAUUAUUAUUAGAUAUAGGCGAUAAUUCUCCUGCUGCUGCUGCUGCUGCUGCUGCACUUGCUGCUGAUCUACCUAUACCAACUAAUCAAGGAGUUAGGCCCCUAUUAAGGGCAUUAAAUAAACAACAACUUAAUGCUAUUCUUCUUGUAUUAGAGGCGUAA